AGUUUUUAUUAUAGACUGACAUCACACUGGAGGCGAGCACACAGAGGCUCCAUUAUCAUCCCAGUUAUUGCCUCCACUCUAAAAUAGCAGAGGAAAUUAGAAGAAGAGGAGUAAAAAAAUAGGAGGAAACUGAUGCUUUUCUAAGCACGUCUAUUUUUUUGCAUGAGAUCGAAAAAAGGAGGGUCAGAAAAGACAGCGAGAGAGAGAGAGAGACAAAAAAGUGGGUGGGAGGAGGAGAAAGGAGGUGGGAGGACGGACCUGAGGAGCGGCAAGGACUUCAUAUCAAUUAAUAAUGAUAAAAAAGAGCUGGUAGACGAGCACGGAAAACUGGCAUGGUUUUGUGGAGGCUGGCAGUUGGGACGUCAGAUAUGACUGCAGGAGCUUGCUGACAUGAUCAUUGAGGGAGACUUAGAUGGGAUGGCAGCAGACAUCGGGCAUGCAGGUGGCGGACUAAAAACGAUGCUGGAUGUCAUGGAAGUUCCAAGUCAUGCUCGGGAUCUCCUCCUGCAGCUCAACAGCCAACGCACCAAAGGAUUCCUGUGUGAUGUCAUCAUCGUGGUGCAGAACGCCCUCUUCAGGGCACACAAGAACAUUCUGGCUGCCAGCAGCCUCUACUUGAAAUCCUUGGUGGUUCACGACAAUCUCAUCAACCUCGACCACGAGAUGGUGAGUCCCGGGGUCUUCCGGGUCAUUCUGGACUACAUCUACACAGGCCGCCUUUCAGACGGGGACCCCGCUUCUCCCACGGAACCCAAUCUGGGUGCCGUCUUGGCUGCGGCAAGCUAUCUUCAGUUGCUUGACUUAGUAGCUCUGUGCAAAAAGAAGCUGAAAAGAAAUGGCAAGUACCCCCCUCGCACCGGGCCUGCCUUUCUCCCCUAUGCAAAAAUGGGACCCGGAAUGGGUUUAGGCACCGGAGGCCGGUACAGGGUGUCCACCCCUGUCAUCCAGUCGUGUCCCCCUGGGGGGAUUAUGAACAGCCACACACCUCGGCCUCUCCCACUUGAGGAGCUGGUUCCCCAUCGGCUUGCCAUCCAUGCCGGCGAACUGUAUGCUCCCACCUCCAAUCAAGGCUCCCAGGUGUUCCCGUCCAUGCAGUCGGUUCUCCCGGCCCAGCUUGGCCUACGUUCAGCGCUUCCGGAAAGGAACUGCUCCCCUAACUAUGGCCUCGAUCUGUCCAAGAAGAGUCCUAACUCCCAGUCCCAGCACACGCCCUCGCAGCCACAUGUGAUCAGCACCCACAAUGAUGAGGAACGAGAUGGGACCCAGAGUGCCCGCACCAGUCCCACGCAGGGCGCCAACAGCAGGGCCUUCCCCUCAGAAAAAAUGGAGACAACAGAUCAGGCUCGAACACCGCCACCAUUUCCACAUCACAACCAGCCACUCGGCCCCCAUCUUCCUCACCUCCAUCGCUCGGGAUCACAAGCUACAGAACGCUAUCCAUGUCCCCCAAGCCCGGACACCCCGACUGAAAUCGGGGAGCCCGGACGAGAGGUGGGUAACAUCUAUCGCUGGGUGAAACACGAGCCGCUCCCGUACGCGGGUGAAGACGAGGAUGAAGAAGACGAUGAGGAGGAAGCAGGUGAAAACGGAGAGCGGCGGCACAAUCAUCAUAAAAUCGGCGAGGAGAGCGAGGGCCCGGAUGACAAAAGUGGCUCAGGGACUGAGGAGACCGGCAGCAGCGAGGGGCGCCCGUCUCCUUCGGGUCCCAUGGGGAGGUUCCACGUACCGUAUGAGCCCGAGAGUUUCGGAGACAAUCUGUACGUCUGCAUUCCCUGUGACAAAGGCUUCCCGAGUUCAGAACAACUCAACGCACACGUGGAAACGCACACGGAGGAGGAGCUCUAUGGGAACUCAGGUGGGGAGAUCGGAAAUAACAACAACAACAAGAACAUCAACAACAGCACAAAUGGCUACGGGGGCUUGAACAACGCCAACACCUUGAACAGCCUGUCUCACCUGGAGACAAAAUCCAGUCAGGCUUUAUCUUCAGGAACCAUCGCGGAAAUGAUCCGUCCGUACCGAUGCUCCACGUGUGAAAAGUCCUACAAAGAUCCUGCCACUCUGCGACAGCACGAAAAAACCCACUGGCUGACUCGCCCUUACCCGUGCAGCAUUUGCGGCAAGAAGUUCACACAGCGUGGCACCAUGACACGUCACAUGCGUAGCCACCUGGGCCUCAAACCGUUUGCUUGUGACUCCUGCGGCAUGCGCUUCACUCGGCAGUACCGCCUCACGGAGCACAUGCGAAUCCACUCUGGCGAGAAGCCGUACGAGUGCCAAGUGUGCGGAGGGAAGUUCGCUCAGCAGCGCAAUCUGAUCAGUCACAUGAAGAUGCACAGCAGCGGGGGUGCCACAGGAGGCCUCGCCACGGAGGGAAAACUAAAGCUGGACUUUGCCGAGGGCAUCUACCCACUGAGCAAGUACACAGCGGAGCAUCUCGGGCUGAAACAGGAGAAGGCCAACGAGCUCCUCAUCCAGGCUCAGCAGCAGCUGGUGGCCGACGCCAAGGCCAUGGAGAGCCUCUACCCCCUCUCCAAACUGGCCUCUGAGCACCUCGGAGGCCUUGCCCACGACAAGAUGGACGUCCUGUGCCAACCCCUUCCCCCUCCCCAACAAGCGCUCUCCGAGGCCCGCACCAUUGACCGCUACUCGCCCAGCUAAGACCAACACAGCCCCCCCUAAACCCACGUGAAGGCCGAUCACCACAUGCAGUAUUCCGACGCCAUUCACCUCAACUAAAUCUGCACCUCAGAGUCGAGACACGUCAGUCUGCUCGUGCACGCCGAACUUUGUCGACUGUAAGUGCCUUUCGAUGCGUCUAACCUUUCGUAGCCUCCUUCCUAAAGGAGCACUGUGCUAUCUCUCCUGUGACCAAGAGACACUCACUUGACAGAAGUACGGUAUUUAUGUGUGUGUUUGCAGCUAUUGAGCCAAAGUAACAAAUUUAAAAACCCAAAAAAAUAUAUAUAUAUUUAUUUUUUUGUAUUAUGAUAAAAUCCAAAGAAAACCCUGACCCUUAAACCUGUGUUAUUAUAAAUAAAUGCACAUAAAGGACAACAUUCAGGGUUUGUGUCCAGAUCUGAGUGUAAAAUAAAAAAAAAAAAAAAGUCAACUCUUCUGGACUUUAAAAGAACAGGAGGAAUAUUUUCUUUAAUUCUGUAAAAUUUCAAAAUUUUUUUUAGACAAUUGAUAACUCCUUCCCAUCUCUGUGUGGAGUUUGCAUGUUCUCCCCGUGUAUGCGUGGGUUUUCUCCUCCCACAUUCCAAAAACAUGCUAGGUUAAUUGGCGACUCCAAAUUGUCCAUAGGUAUGAAUGUGAGUGUGAAUGGUUGUUUGUCUAUAUGUGCCCUGUGAUUGGCUGGCCACCAGUCCAGGGUGUACCCCGCCUCUCGCCUGAAGAAGACAGCUGGGAUAGGCUCCAGCACUCCCCGCGACCCUCGUGAGGAAAAAGCGGUAGAAAAUGAAUGAAUGAAUGAAUGAAUAACUCCUUCUUCACAUAUUACAAUACAUUCAAUCACAUUUUUAAAGUAUUUCUUAUAGUAGGGAUUCUCCGAUCGAUCGGUCACUGAUCAAUAUAUAAUCAAUGCCUUUUAACGCCGAUGACAAAAGCUGAUCACGUAUGGUUUGUACUUCUAUUACAGGUGUGUCAAACCCACAACAAACAUGUAGAACUAAUCUACCAUUUAUGAGUUUGAUAUACGUAAUAUGUAUUUAAUAAGGACAAAUACGAUGUGAUCAUCAGUUAAACGACAGCUAACAUAGCUAACGCUCGCUUUUAAGUGCGUAUCAUAACAUCACAUGCAUGAUCGGUAUCAGAACCCUGAUCGGAGUAUCCCUAUUUUAUAGUUAUACAGUAAACCUCGGAUAUAUCGGAUUCAAUUGUUCCCACUGGUUUUGUCCGAUAUAAGCGAAAUCCGUUAUAUGCGUAUACCGGAAAAUGUCCGUUUUACUCAUAUAUCGGAUUUAUAUCCGGUAUAUGUGAGGGAAAUUUAAUGGAAAUGCAUUGGAACGGGACUGGAGAUUUUGUCCGAAAUAGGCGAAAUCCAUUAUAAAAAAUCCGAUAUAUGCAAUUAAUUUUUAUUGGAAAUGCAUUACAGAAAAAUUGGUUCACAUCUGUCCGUUGUGAGCGAAUUUCCGAUAUAUCCGAGGUUUACUGUAUAAGCAUGAUGCAAAAAAAAAAAAGUUCUUUACCGAGGAGUGGCAGCCGGUGAUCUCACAGCUAUGAAACCAUCACACAUACCCGACUGGUGAAAACACAAAAAUCACUGUCCGUCACACGGGCGUUGCCCUUUUGACAUGCUGUAAAACAGCCAAUCAUUCUGAGUUUAGCGAUGGGAUCCCAAUCAGAGGGGAGUAAUUUCUUGUGUGAUUAAUCACUACGAGCAACCAGGUCUGACCCCCCCUCCUUGGUGUCAUGCCGGCCGGCGAGGGCCUGCUACUGUUGACGUGCCAAAGUGAAUGUUUAACACACACACACACGUUAUCUCCCCCAUUUCACACACACUUAGCAAAGCUGCUAAUCUUGUCAGUGAUAUGACCACGAGGAGGGUUGUAUAGUCCCCCGUGCAGCUGUCGUAAUCCCUGUGAAAUCUCACUUUCUCCUGGACAAUUCACACACCAUGUCUUAUUUCAUGCCUGCCAUCCCAUCCACUUAUUAACAUCUGAUGCUUCAACUACACCCCCCCCACACACACACUCUUGCACCACUCCUCUUCAUGCCGCUAUCAAAGCCACAAAACAAUAAAAAUCCUUUUUUUUUUUUUUUGCAUUGGACCGAAAACAACAAAAGAGCAAUUGAAGCUUGCGGUUUUUGGAAAUGUUUAUUCCAAAGAACAUCCCGACAAUUUUGUUUUGCUUUGUUUUUUGAUCAUUAUUUUCCACUUUCACUGGUCUCCUUAAUUCAGAUCAGAAGCAUGUGACCACUAUAGUGCCAACGUCAACCUCAGAGGGUGAAUGUGAAGACUUAAAAAGCCAUAAACACACUGUGAUUGAUUUACUAGAAAACAAAACAUAAAAAAAAAAAUAACAAUGUGCCUUAAGUUUCAUACGCUUUUCUUUCUUUUUUUUUUUUUUAAAUGUAACAAUAAGGGCUUCAUUUCUGUAAUAUAUUGAAUAUCCUGUCACUUUUCUUUGGUAAAAGAGUGCACAUGAAACUGGUGCUUACCUCAUGACCACACACACACACACACACACACACACACACACACACACGCAAUGGUUAUUGUAGGUUUGUACAUUACAUUUUGUUGAUGUUUUUUCUUAUUAUUUUCAUAACUAUUAUGAUGCAGUAUACACUUUUCAUUGUGUUGAGGCGUCUAUGCGUCUGGUCUUUACUAUCUGUCUUAACAACACAAGGCGACAACGUCAUGUUUGCGGUUGCCGUUUAUGAAGAUCUGAACCACAGCUUAUGCCAUUUUUUUUUUUUUUGGCUUCAGUGUUAAGACAUGCCAGACAUUCACAGUCUCUUUGACCUGACGGAGGCAACACAAACAUAAAAGGCCAGAUUGUGUUUGGAUGAUGCAUUUUUUUUUCUAUCUGGUGGGAAUAUCAGCCACUUCCACUCCAUCUUAUUCAAUUAUUUUUUGUUAAAACAACAAAAAGACUUUCCAUUGUAAGUUUAAAUCUAAGCAAGGAGGGAAAGUGUCAGAUAAAAACUUUUUAAUGGGCCAAUGUUAACAAUCUGCAUUAAUAUUCUGUGUUUUUUUGGAUAUUUUGGUCAGGAUUUUGGUCCACAUCAGAAUACCAGAACACACACAUACAUAUACUCACACACAUUCAAGAAAGGUGCAGGGCGAAGAGUGUUUUUAAGUGCACUUGUGCACCGAAAUUGCAUUUAACAAAGAGACUGAGGUGCUGAGUCGUGAGGGAAGUGUUUGCUUGUCUGUUUAUGCUCUUGGAGCACGCCAAACUCCGCUAAUACACGUCCUGGGAAUGAGGCAGAGGCGUGAAGGAGACGAGCUGAGGAGCAGGAAGUGAACUUUCAGUGUGUGUGUGUGUGUGUGUGUGUGUGUGUGAGCAGGAUGUGCUGUGUGUUUGUUGCCGACUGAGACAGAUUAGAGAGGGAGAGGAGCAGGGCCGAGCGCAGCAGGGGUGGACUUGAGCCAUUGUCUGGCUAUGAAAGCUUGGUCGUACUUCUAAAACGCUUCAUUCACAAAACAAGUCGACGGUAUCUCCUCUUUUCCUUCCCUUCUUUGCUUGGGUGGAAUAAACUCCCUCAGUGUCCAGGUGAUAAGGUCGUGUGGCUUUCAAGCUCUCAUGUUUUCCAGCAUUACAACUAUUGCAUUAUACAAAUUAUUUUUCCUUGUCUUGUCGCACAGUUUGCACUUGUUGCUAGGCAAUAAUCUUUAAUCUUCCUGCCUGAAAUGUCAAUUAAAAACUAAAAAAGUCAUUAGGAUUACAAGUCAUAUUUAUACACAUUUAAUUGUCUCUCUAAUCUGUAUUCAAAAUAAUUCGAACGCUGUCCACCUGGAUCUAGUGGGGCACUGCCCCUCCACAUGCCUUUAAUGCUGAGUCGGCAGUUUUUUGGCCCAUAAUUCCCCUAAACUAUGAUUACAUGUGAAACGUCAAUUAAAACCAAAAAAAGUCAUUAGGAUUACAAGUCAUAUUUAUACACAUUUAAUUGUCUCUCUAGUCUGUAUUCAAUAUAAAAUUUGAACGCUGUCCACCUGGAUCUAGUGGGGCACUGCCCCUCCACAUGCCUCUAAUGCCGAGUCGGCAGUUUUUUAGCCCAUAAUUCCCCUAAACUAUGAUUACAUGUGAAACGUCAAUUAAAAACUAAAAAAGUCAUUAGGAUUAUGAGUCAUAUUCAUAUUCAUAUUCAUAUUCAAUAUAAAAUUUGAAUGCUGUCCACCUGGAUCGAGUGCCGCACUGCCCCUCCACAUGCCUCUAAUGCUGAGUCGGCAGUUUUUUGGCCCAUAAUUCCCCAUAACUAUGAUUACAUGUGAAACGUCAAUUAAAAACAAAAAAAGUCAUUAGGAUUACGAGUCAUAUUUUUUACACAUUGUAUUCAAUAUAAAAUUUGAAUGCUGUCCAUCUGGAUCUAGUGGGGCACUGCCCCUCCACAUGCCUCUAAUGCUGAGUCGGCAGUUUUUUAGCCCAUAAUUCCCCUAAACUAUGAUUACAUGUGAAACGUCAAUUAAAAACUAAAAAAAAGUCAUUAGGAUUACAAGUCAUAUUUAUACACAUUAAAUUGUCUCUCUAGUUUGUAUUCAAUAUAAAAUUUGAACGCUGUCCACCUGGAUCUAGUGGCGCACUGCCCCUCCACAUGCCUCUAAUGCUGAGUCGGCAGUUUUUUGGCCCAUAAUUCCCCAUAACUAUGAUUACAUGUGAAACGUCAAUUAAAAACAAAAAAAGUCAUUAGGAUUACGAGUCAUAUUUUUUACACAUUGUAUUCAAUAUAAAAUUUGAAUGCUGUCCAUCUGGAUCUAGUGGGGCACUGCCCCUCCACAUGCCUCUAAUGCUGAGUCGGCAGUUUUUUAGCCCAUAAUUCCCCUAAAC